GGCGACACUGCGCUCCGCGUACAAGGAGUACUCAGGCUGGCGCGUGCAGGGUCAGAGCGAGAUAUGACGCUCAGUCGGUCGGGAUUUCCACGCAGGGAAAUUGUGGCUCGGAUGUGGCCAGCCGGCCUACGUCUUUAGGAAGAAUAUGGUACGGCUGAGCAAGCAACAUUUACUGGAGCGGCCUCGUCGAAAACGCUCCUGCUAAGACAUGGGAGAAUGUGCCAGGAUUCAAGCAAUGGAGCUGAAGCCCAAGAUUGUUUCAAGGACCACGAAUGGCCCGUCUCAAACUCCAGAGGCUUCACGGCAUCGCAUCAGCAUCACGUGGAAGAAUCUUUCCUACAGAGUGACAGUGCGAAAAGAACGCAGAUACCUUCUGCACAAACUGGCAGGCACUCUCGAGGCCGGGCAAUUAACCGCCAUCAUGGGACCUUCUGGCGCCGGAAAAACCACCUUACUAAACAUCCUCUCCGGAUUCCACCCCAAAGGCUAUGAGGGAGAGAUAUUUGUGAACGGUGUCGUCCGACGCAGAAGCACUUUCAGAAAGCUCGUGAGUUACGUCAUGAACGGGGAUUACCUCCUGCCUCAUUUAACAGCCAGGGAAAGUCUCCAGGCAGCAGCUCAACUCAAGCUGGAUCCCAAAGUCUCUGACGAAGAGCGAAGGCUUCUGGUGGACAAAGUGCUCUCUAUCUGGAGCCUAGAAGAAUGUGCAGACACCGUGAACAACAAACUUUCUACUGGUCAGCGAAAGCGUUUGUCUGUGGCUCAAGAACUGGCCAGCAAUCCGCCUCUGGUGUUCCUGGACGAACCCACAAGCGGACUGGACAGCUCUAAUUCCCUGCAAUGCAUCUUGACGCUGAAGGAGUUCGCCGCAAGAGGGCACACCAUCGUGUGCAGUAUCCAUCAGCCUAGCUCGAAAAUAUUCCAGUUGCUGGAUAAGCUCUAUGUGUUGGCGGACGGACGCUGCAUAUACAGCGGCCCCACCGAAGACUGCGUACCUUUUAUGAGUAACCAGGGUUUGGAAUGCCCGCCCUUCUACAAUCCAGCAGACUUCUUAAUAGAGCUAGCGUCUGGGGACUUUGGAGACGUGAAACAAGAUCUUGCCAGCAUAUUCAGCGACGUCACACGAGCCGUGGUUGCCGUGCCUGCGUCAUCGACUGAAGAAGUCGAUGAAGACAAUCCCUCGAAGACACCGCUCCUUGCGAACGAAUCCGGAGACCUGCCCCCAGUACAAGGUGCCCCGCUAUGUGUCCAGCUAAGGGUGCUCCUGAAGCGGAACUUCUUGUCAAUCGUCAGAGAACCGCUUGUCUUCCAUCUUCGACUGGCAACGCACAUCAUUGUCGGUCUACUGAUGGGACUCCUGUACUACGACAUCGGCAACCGCGGCGACUCCGUCUUCAACAACGCUACCUUCGUCUUUUUCUCUCUGCUAGUCCUUCUCUUCACUGGCAUGAUGCCCGUAGUUCUCAUAUUUCCCUUAGAAGCGUCGGUCUUCGUGCGGGAGCACGCCAAUGCCUGGUACUCCCUGAAGGCGUACUUCUUUGCCAAGACGCUGGCUGACGUUCCAUUUCAGGUCGUCUUCCCCGCAAUAUUCGUAGCCAUCGUAUACUGGAUGACUGCUCAACCUCCAGAGCUGGAUCGAUUCGGCCUCUUCGCACUGAUGGCGGUCCUACUGUCUUUCUCUGCCCAGUCGUUAGGAAUGCUGAUUGGAGCGCUAGCCAGUGUAGAGAGUGCCGUGUUCCUGGGCCCAGCUCUGACGGUCCCGCUCCUCCUCUUCAGCGGUUUUGUUGUGACACUCCGUGCCAUACCACGCUACCUCCAGUGGCUCUCGUACGCGUCGUACGUGCGUUACGCGUACGAAGGCAGCAUGCUUGCGGUGUACGGGUUUCAACGUCAGGAACUUCACUGCGAUGAAGCGGUCGACGAAACGGCUGUAUGUCUGUUCACGGAGCCUCAGGCCUUCCUCUCCUUUCUGGGGUUCGACGCGGAGGGUGUCUAUCUCGACGUCAUUGCUCUACUAGUAGCAACGGCGCUCUUUAAGGUUGCCACGUAUGCUGCUCUUAAGUUCCGGACUAGACGCUUCCGUGUCACUUGAGCGGUGCUUCAACACUAACGAGUGGCAUCAGCAUCAUAACAAGGACAUCAGCACCGUAAUUGGCCCUGUUUUCUUGUCUUCGAGACGUCUACAACGCAGUGCUCUUGGCCGUGCGGCUGUGCCCAAUCCAGGCACGUAGUGUCGGUGGAAGAUCCUGACAGGGCGGUUCUGUCUUGCUACAAUGAAUUGUACAUUGGCAAGUUUCGGCUGUUUUGAACAGGAAGUCACGCCCUUUUCAUUUUUUGAGACUGCAAGGACAAGGCCAGGAAAAGAUAAAAGGUGCAUAGCUCUUGAAAGGUCAGACUGAAAGACAGGGAAAGAACAGAGACAAUAGCUGUGUUGGAAGACAAGGACGUGGGUUUGCCAUGCAAGACUGCAAGCUUUACAGCUCCCACACUUGAGAUCUGCACUAUCAAGGUCGACUUCAGUCUACUAUCUGCAAAAGUCAGCGACCAUUGUUCAAUACUGCUCACCAACUACAUGGUAUUCUGUUCUGGAACUUCUUGACGAAGAUCGAACUGUAAUGUUCUAAUGUAGUUUAGUCCAUUUCAUCUCACCGAAUCUUCAGAAGACAAAUGGGGCAGGCGAACGAUAGCCCCAUAUUAUAUUUUACCUAGCUACGAAGUCAUCAUGGCGGAAGUUGACUAGUCCUCCCAUGUCUGCAAUAAGUUCCUUCGUCAGCACGCUCAGAGGCUGCGGAAUCAGCAGCCAUCUUGGUUUUUACCAUAAGCCGAGUUGAAAGGACAUGAUUUGACACGUGAUCGAUGCACAUCACCAAUUAAUGAGACAAAUUCGCGUCACGUGAUGCCCCAACACCUAAGAGUACACCUCAAUGCCCCUCCGUUGUUCUAUUCUUACAACUGUGAGUAAGACAUUGCAAGCGCCAAUUUGCAUAAGAGCGACUCUUGACCAUGCCCGAAGCACCAUACCGUGACUCAAUUUGUCCACGUCCUCCUUUAGUGCAAGAGGUGAUGACACGGUUCGUCUGACAGACGAAGCGAGCGUAUAAUGAUGGAUGAAACAGCAGGAAACAGAUACGACAUCACUUUCGGCCGACAUAUUUUCCGUCUACGGUCGUUCUCAAUUUUAAUUGGAAAACACACGCAAGCGUUUUGGCACUGUUUCGAUCAUUUCGUGUCGCUGUCCGGCUAUCGCUGUCAUGCUGAACUCGGUACGCUCCCAUCGUGCGUAAAAAGACGUUUGAAGAAUUUCUAUCAUGCAGGCUGCAGCAGAAGGUUUAGAAUUUUGUUCCCGUGGGCAAGAGAGGUUCCGACGCCGACGACCUCUUAUUGGGCACACCUUUGGAAGGGCGCGUUGGCUCCAGAGACUGUCUCCUCUGCUCUCCCUGCAAGAAGACGCUAAGUUACACGCGCAAUUUAAAGUGCCACUACGGACUAAAUCUCGUGUAUUCAGAAUCCUACCAAAGUUAUGUUGCUGGAACCUUCUUGUCUCACUUUACAUUCUUGCAAAAUAUUUUGGCUCUGCGUGACACAAAAGCUAGAGAAAAUUAAUUUUUAUUGUUGAGAACUGUGACGUCAUGUUAGGCUCCGACGGAGCGUCUGGCUCUCAUCUGGCAACGUUGUUACCCUUCGCGUCUUCUGGGGGGCUCACUUUUUGCUCUCCGUUAGCGGAGCCCCACGUGACAUAUCCACCGAACGCUACGAGGGAAAGGACAUCUAUCCCAUUUUCCCCUCUUUCGAUCAGCGUCACGUGACUUCUCCACCACGUGACCCUCCCCGGACGCCGGCGUCGUUGCUAGGAGACAAGUGCCCUCUCCAGUACAUGACAUCUUUGCAAUUUGUGGGCUUAUGAUUACAUCACCCGCUCCUCGCGUCAUCGAAACUUGUGAAGGCUCAGCAGAUGUUCAAAAAUUGACAGAAAUGCACAGUGUUCGUAAACAGGAUUGAAAUUUCGCGUAUAGAAUCCUUGAGGCACUUUCUUUUCAUGGACUAAAGAAAAAAUAAACGCUGUUUUCCGAGUCCGGAGUGGCACUUUAAGUUACAUCAGACGCUUCGCCAAAUGAAAGUGCGCCUCACUUUGUGAUGUAUGUAAUGUAUGUAAAUGUCACUGUGCUCCUUUCAGAUAUAUGUCACGCAAACGUGCCACGCUAGUAGGGGCAUAGCAGUAGACAGACAGGUUCUGUUGGCGGCGUGGUUUAACAGCUUGUUGCUCGUAAACCGAGCGCAACAAGUUCUACAUGUGAAUGCCAAGAAUUGGAAUUUUGAAUUUGCUAGUAAAAUUGCGAUGAAACGGCUCGGGGCGACAUCUGGUGGCAAAAGAUUUAAGGACGAUUAAUGUAACUAAUGCGACGGGAAUGCGUUAGCAUUCAGCCGAUCCGCCCACUACUUUCCACCCUAACUAUCAUUAACUGUUGCUAACUACACAGCCACAACAGCAGCGCAAGCCUUCUUCCAUGCCGGCGGCGUAUUUUGAAACGCUGCUUUCGCUCUUCUUCCAUCUCGUUCGCCCGCCUUCGGCGCCGAGCAGCGGCAUCCGCUGCCUGACAUUGCUUGCGUUGUUCCUCGGUUUCGGCAGCUUGUCGCCUUCGCUCAGAAUCAGUCUUUUUUUGAUGCCUACUUGGCCCGGCACUCGUACUCGGUUUACGCUCCGUUGUGCACUUUAAUUUAGCCCAUACGCGCCUUGCACACCCGCAAGGUCAGACUUGCCCGCGUAUCUGACGCGCCGCCAAGACCGCUUCGGCAGACAUGCUCCUCUCCGUGGCGUCACCGCCGCGGUGCACGUACAUUGGCUUCCGCUCGUGACCUACUUUUCCUUACUCUCAACUCUGCAGUGCCCUUCUCCUCUCUCACGCGGCGUACUUCCCUCUCCACGUUUUGACCGCAUCGACACCGAUACUUUUCGUUCAAACGCCGCUUCUAAUGCUAACGCGUUAAUAAUCUCCAGUUCGUCAAGCAACAGUGAUCUAUGUUCCCGACUGGCUUGCUGCUCAUGAUGACUACGUCGCCGACUUCGUUUGUUUUAGAUCCAGUGUUAUGCGCAUGUGAUGUAGUUUUGCCGUCGUACAAUGCACAUUUGGUGGCAACUUUGACAUAGUGUGGCCCGUAAUUUUAAUUCUCUAAAAACUAGGAGUGCAAACCGGACAAAAAUUGUGACGUAACAGUACAUACAGCUCAAGCUAGCGAAUAGGUACAUUUUCUAAGAUUCCAGCCCUACUGAUUCACAGUAUCUUCAAGAAAUGAUAGUUAUUUUAUUUCGUAUUACAAAUAACCAUCGCUCAAAGGCUCCGCACGCAAAAUAUAAAUGCCAUCAGUGGAAAUUACGCGCUGUCGCGAAUCUUUGAAAGAACACGCAAAACUGCAUAGUUUCGGAUUCUCCAAGAGCAGGUGACGUCACCGAGAGCCCCGCCGACUGUAUCCUAGCAACAGUGCGCGCACUUUCGCGGUCUUCACACGUUGGAAGACCGAGAGCAGCUCAGUGCUCAGGAGACGAAAAUCGACCUUGGAGGGGCAAUGUUGCCAGACGGGUGACGGAUAUAGCGUACACUAUGACGUCAUACUUCUAAAAACUAGAAAUUACUGUUAUGACACUUCCGCGUCACAAACAGAAUGUAAUGCGAGACAUGUGAAUUGCAAUGGCAUGAAUUGAGUAGGGUUCUGAAGACACAGGAUUUGGUCCGUAGUGUUAUGCUUGUGGUUGGGAGCCCAAAGGAUGUAGUGGCUCAGACCAUAGCCAAGACAAUAUAGUAAUGUCGUAUAUUAUUAGCGACAUCAAUAGGUCGCGCUACUGUGCAGAGCCUCUGUUAGCGCCUACACAGAUAAAAGCACCUAACAUUAGAUCUGGCAGCAGCAAAAGACAAGGACAGAGACAAGAAGGUGACGCUACGACUGCUCACUCACAACUACGUACUCGCAACUUCUCGCAACUAAAAGGAAAAUUUAAUUGUACCGAGGCGAUACAUGUACAGCUCCCUCCAACGUUAACUUUAACGCGGCGA